GUGAUAGAAUUUCAAUGUUGGUCAACGAACUCGAACUCGAACUCCGAACCGAACGGCUGACGACAGCAACCGGUUCAGCUCUCCGGACCCUAUUACCGGUGAACCGCAACUGCGAUCUCAAAGUACUCCUCCACGAGUGCCCAAGCCUUCGCAUGUAGCCCGACAUACUACUCCUCCCCAGAUCCCUCACGCCACUCCGGUAGAACCAUCGUCGGCUACAUCCUCCCCUCUGUCGUCGGUUCCUCCAUCACCCAUCCGAACCGUUACUCCACCUUCAUCUAUACACCCAGCAUCCCGGUUGGGUCCUCCUCCACCGAUAAAUGGCUUCCAGGUGGUCGUAAACAAUGGGACGCUGUUACCAAGCUCUCCGAUCCUCUCUACGGCGCCCGCGAUAGAAGAGACGUCACCGUUUUUCCAGCGGAGUUUACGCCAGAGGAAGCCGAUCCAGGUACAUCCAUACAUACUGGAAGAUGCCAGAUACAAGCAGCAGAUGAAAGCAAAGGGGGUACAGCCGAUUCGGAUACGACAGGAAGAAUCGCCGCGGGGGACUACUGGGGGGGACAAGGAUUCGCAAGACACGGAAUAUGUUGCACCUCCAUCGCCAGAGGCCCGCCCUCCGAAGGAACCACGUACAAAAGGGUCUUCGGUCGAUGGUGGAGUACGAAAUGAGUUUGCAGAUGCUGUACGCCGCCCAGAACCUCAACAUAUCAGGCAGGUUUCCAAGGAUGGCUCUAAGAGGCGUAAAAUUCAACAUACGUAUGGACGGAAGCCCUCUAAUUUGAAUUCCUCGGCCUCAGGCCCGUCAAGGACAAAUCAGGGCCGCCCGUCGCUCACACGAACUUCGGAAGCUGAAAUAUAUGAUCUCCCCAAUUUCCGUGAUUCCCCGUCCCCACCAAGUAGACCGCCACUGCGACGGCGUACCUCAAAUACUGCGCUUCCAUCACCCGCUGUAAUAUCAGAACCGAGAAUGACCAAGGACGAGAUGGCCGCGUUGCUUCGCUAUGAUUUUUCUUCAGAUUCAGACCUGGAUGCAACACCGAAGCCCCCGGCAGCUGUGGGGAAUCCCAGGAGCCGAGCCAUUUCGAUAUCCUCCAAUGAAUCUUCUCGGCGUCGCAGAGACUCACUUGGCAGUCAGAACACUGGCGGCUCGGAGAGUGAUUUAGCUGCUGAGGACUCUAGCCAGGAGAAGGGGGGCGGUGGGAAGACGGUGAAAUGGUUCAAGAAACGAGGGACGCGUGGGGUCCUACCGGCCUCUUAUAUUAGGUUCACCGAAGGAUCGAAGCCCGAAUCUCGAAGGCCCGAGAAAACAGUGAUUUCUCUACCGCCAGAUGAACGGCGUCCUGGUAUUGCAAGAGCGAAAAUAUCCAGUAGACCUCGGGAGCCAAUACAGGAUUCGUUUCUGGACGAUGCCGGCGGCAGCGAUUCCAGUGACGAUAUGGUACUGUUUGCAUCUGGGCCUGUGAAGAAGCGGCAAGCCAAACAGCCGACUUCAUCGGGUCAUCAAAGGCAGAUCGUUCUUAUUGACGACGACGGCGAUAUUCCUGAGGAUAAUCGGAUAGAUUAUGGCUUGCCCGCAAGGAGACGCGAAGCGACUGCUACCAAGUCGAGACGCAAAGCAGGCACCACCGGACAUGGUCGAACCGCUACUGGCCAAGGUCCGAGACGUCAAGGUUCUACGGCCCUAAGAAAGCGGAACCCAAGAAACCCAUCUGGACCUAAACUCAGUGUUGUUGACGCUGCCGCUCACCUCCGACAAUCCGGGAAUGGAUCGACACCAAGGUUUCUCAAAGUGGCUGCGAGAAGCGCCCUCGCUCGGAAGGACAAGGGGAGACAGAGUCCAGCGAGAAAGCUCUUCGUUUUGGAUACCGCGGAAGAUACGAGGGAAGUCCAAGCUGUCCUGAGGAACUGGUGGGAAGGCACAUUGCCUUUCGGAAGGCGCGAUCCACCGCCUCGGCAUGACAGUCCACCACUUCCUACUCAAGGGAGACUUGCCUCUCCUCCGAGGUUUGAAGACGAACAACAGCCGAAACCCAAACGUCGGGUUCCGACAUUUUCUCGCGCAGCCAAACCCCGACAAACAUCUCUUCUUCAUCACGAUUUCCAAAAGCAGCCGCAGUCAGGACGGGCACAACCAAACAAGCCUCGAUCAGUGCGACCUCUUGCAGUUGUUUCUUCACAAAAAGGCUAUGUCACUCAUCGCCCGGCGUUCGCACCGCAGUUUGCUCAGUUUGAGCGGGAUGUACCUUCAACACGGCAACCGUCUAGACAACACCCUACAUCGCUGGCAAUUGAGAAUGUUAUCCAGAACAUCCAUCAGCAACGGACCCAACAACGGGCGUCUCGUGACUUACAGGCAUCUAGUGUCCGCAAGGCCGGCCAGUCGCUUGCGAAGGCAAAUGCCCUGGCACUACAGACCCCGCCGCCAUCCUCCGCGCCCACGGCUCAACCAAGUCCAGCUCCUCGCAGACCAGCACCACGGCGCAAGAAGAUCACCCCUCGACGGAUCGAUGCAGAUACCAUUGAGCGUCGACAGCCGCCGUCGCAAGACCUGAUUGUGGAUGACGGUGAUCUGUUUGAACCAAUGAUUGUUGAGGACCAGGUUGUAAAAGAUUGCCUCUCUGGUCUGCUGCCUUUUGGUUCGAAAUAUUCGUUGAAUUUCGAUACUGCAUCUCUGAAGGAUGGAACAAUAUUUAAUUCGUCAACCUUCAUUGGGAAAGGGUGUUUGACGCUGGCGCUGCACACACAAUGCCCUCGGACAUCCGCUCCUCGUGAACGAGAAUGCUGCUUUUUUGGAGAUACGACACUUUACUGGGGCAUUUACGAUGAUACAGUCGCAACGGAAUUCGAGAAGGUGCUUGGAAUGAUCGGCGAUGCUGCUGAGAAGCAAUUGGGUAGGUCCGAUGCCGACGUGAUGGUUGAGACUGAAGCAGGCGUAAUGUCUAUGCCUCAAGCAUACGAAUUUUACUGCUACGUCGUCAAGUACAUCAACAAAACGUUGUCCUUCCAUGAUCCACUCGAUGCAGUGUCAUUCGCUCAACGCUUCCUACAAUCCAUCAAAAAUUGCUGUUCCAGACUUUCAUUGCCAGUCUCGGGUCCAUCCGAUACGACUGCGAGUUCUCAUGACCAUACGCGACUAGUUCUCCAGGCCAAUACAUUCCUCCUUGUGAUUGCAUUCCAGAUCUUUCGGCUCUUUUCACACGACGUGGACACGCAAGAGCAGUUGGAGCUAGCCAACACUCUUCGGAAGAUUGGACGAGAGUUAUUGAGCAGAUUGCUUCGAUGCGGGAUUGAUCGCAUUCGGGCGUGCUAUGAGGACCAGCGGCGACGAAUCCAGUUCGAGCGAGGCAUCACGAGCGAUCACUAUAUCGUUGAGCUGUGGGUACUGGUAAUUCAUAUUCUGGACAAUGUCAGCGUCGCGGGCAUAUCGUUCUGGAACAUUUUGAAUGAAGAAUUGCAUAUGCAAAGAGUCGAGAGCUCAGUCGACGUUAGAUACUUCGAACGACUCUGGCGAAGUUUGUUCACUCUGCUGCCCCUUCACCAGUUCGACGAGUUUGGAGUUAGUCGGCGUAUCGAUGAUCACCAUCCUGGCAAAGACAACUGGGCGUUGGUAAAGGUUCUUGCGGGUCGGCCGUUGAGGAUAUAUGAUUCCAACAAAGCAGGCCAUUCUACGAUGAUCAACGAUUACCUCCGGGUGAUCUACGCUCGGUGUUAUCAUUUGAUCACCAAGUGGAGUUGGAUCAAUCCCGAUUCUAUCAUUCCGGUGCUCUUCGAGUUUUUCGCUAGCAAUGGUCUUGCAAAUCUCUCUAACGAGCAGGACAAGGGAUCUCCCGAUUUCUUGCUCAACCUGGACAAGAAUCCUACCAUCACAGUGAACGAUUCUGACUGCUGCUUCCACUUACUACUGAAGACGAUAGUAGUUGGGUUACAGAGGAUGAGAACCACUUCGACUUCUCGGAAAAUCAAUGGUUUGGUGUACCGCCUCAUGCCGAAUCACCGAAGACAAUAUCCGAAAGACGAGGCCUUGCAUUUGGAGCACCUGGAUGCACUCAAGAAUCACCAUUAUCUUCUGGAAGCGCUCCAUUGGGCAGCACCCCCGGAUUGCAGACCGCCGCUUGAUGCCAUUCGAUUGCUUGUGGAUCCAGAGACAUCUCAUAGACAAGCAUGCAACGUGGCGGUCAGGGCAUGGACGAAUCUCAUAAGGUUUCAACUCCAUAGCGAAGAGAGCCUUAAGCCUUUGAAACAACUAAUGGAGUGGUUUGAUGACCUCACGAUCAAAACGCUUGGACAGCAUCAGCUCGUUAGAAGCGAGGCAGAGAGGCAGUUCCGAGUUGCGCGAGAAAAUCAGGAUAGUAACCUAUCAGAAGAAGAUAUGGAAGAGAAUAUCAGGCGAAAUCAAAAGCAACUGGAGGAAAUCCUCAAUGAUUUAGUCAAGUCACUUUGUAUCGAACUGGCUACCAUUCCUGGAAAUAUCCCUGGUGCAGUGGCUCUCUUGACUUCAGCGGCAACUGCCAGUAUCCUCAACUCCUACACUCGUCUAUCGAAUAGGUUGUUACUCGAGGUUUUGGGCCUCUUGCAGCAUUUCUUGAAGACGUGUAAACCUACAGAUAAAGCCGAGUCAUCGCAUGCUCCCGUGACAGUGGUGGCGAGUGGCGACGAGGACAGUCAAGAUUAUGGGGAUUGGUCAGGUUUCGAAGAAGUUGUCUUGCAAGAUGAAACAAAGCAAGCAGCCGAGCACUUCUUGACCGUUGCAUACGAUCCCCUUCACCGCAUGCUUUCGAAUUGCUUUGGUGCAGACAUUCAGCCCGAGGAGACUCUACUCAUGAAGAUCGUGGAUACAUGGGCUCUCACCGCAGGUUUCUUGGUACAGUAUGGCCUUAAGACCUGGGAUGGCUACUUGGAGUACAGUCGCGAAUCAUGGUCUUCGCUGCGCGAUACAGCACAGACGCGGAAAUUCACUGCUUAUUUCCUACCGAAGAUCAUACGCUCGGAGAGCGACAUAUAUCACAGCAACAAGUCCAGCAUCCUUAGCUCCUGGAUGCGGUCGUUAGUCGAGCGGGAAUCAAUGUUGAAAUUCCAGAAUGAGUUCACUGCUACUUUGCUGGACUGUGACUCCGAAAACCCUCUGCUGUCGAAUCCUCCCUUUGAAAAGGACUCAACUACUGGGUUGUUCAAGAUAUCUCCAACCGAAUUUCGAUCACGCCGGCUGGCACUGAUAUCAAGUGUUCUUGAACAUAUGCGAGAAACUUACAAGGCAGCCUCUGGUCGGGCAGCCACAGCCCUGAAGCAGGAAUAUGCAGAGAUGUUGCGAGCAAUGAUGAAGGCAAUGAGGGAUAACUUCGAGGCGCUUCAAUCAUCUACAGUGGCAGGGAAAUACGUCGAUUUCGUUCACAAAGUAGUCGAACUCCUGUUACAAUAUGCUCCCGAUAUCGUCGAGAUCGACAGGUUCUUCACCGACUCCACUGCGUUCCCUCUGCCGGCUAUGGAUCCGAAUUACGUCGUUGGCCAGUUGAAGAAAUAUGUGUUCGGGCUUUCUUUUCCCGGCACACAAAAGCAGCUCAAUGCUUUCUUUCAAACACUGGGAGAAAGGGCGGCACUUGGCCACGAACAAAACAACCUUGUUACUCAGCUGUCGACAGCACUUUCGGAAGAUUUUGAACUGGGUGAUACGGCGAAGCCAACAAUGCGGGCAUACUUUUUGCAUGCUAUAUUCCCCGCAUAUAUUGAAACCGCGUUGGAACAUCCGGCCGGCUGGAUCCUCGGUGUGCCAGUUCUAAGGGCCCUCUGCCAGGUGAUCCAAAACCUCAAGGUUAACAUAGAUUCCACCAGCUACGGCAGCAUACAAUCCGUAAUAUCGAUGUUCGCCACAGUUCUCGACUCCAUGCGCCGCGCCGCAAGCCAGUCAAUGACGACCAAUGAUGCUUUUUCAACUCGGCACAUCAUCGGGACAUUAUUUCUACUCCUCAAAGCGCUCACACAUGCGCUCCCACUGGUUUCAUGGUUCUAUGAAGACGCCGACGAAUCUCUUCGGGCUACAGUUAAGGACUGCAGCGACUUCUUAAUCCGCUUUGCAGCGUACGCGAGGAAAAUGGUGACGCGUCGACAUGACGAUGAAGCGCAGAGGCCGCUGGAUGUCCUCGCUAUGAGUGAUCGCCCCCACUCUGCCUUCGAGGCGGGGAGGAAACAUGCCAAGGAUACGCUUCGCGCCUACCUAGCAGCAAGGUGGGUGUCCGGGGGCAAUGGCACAUGGUCAAUCAAUGACCCGGGUACCUCUGGCGGAAGACGGCCUGUGUCGUUACCGGAGUAUCCCGGGGAGAUGGGGACAGAGGAACAAGCGAGAGAGGAGUUUGUAAAAAUGGUUGAGGAGCUCACUUGUGUGGCUGCCAGAACGCAUGUUUUCGGGAGGGUGGUUAAGGAGCUUGAUGUUGACGUUUGGUCUAUUGAGGGUAGGGGAUUGCCGUGGCGGGAGAGGGCGCACGGGAAGAGUUUGAAGUUUUUGGGAAGGCUUUUCGUUUAAAUACCUCUGUACAUUGCGUUUGUUUUUUGGAGUUGUGCGCUUCAGGUUACAUAUGGCAUUUCAAUAGGCGUAUCGUACAUUUUAUACCGACUUUAUACUGAUGGUCUUUGAUGGAAGUGAG